UCCCUUCCCCUCAUUCGGCUCGAGCUUAGGGCGGUUGCUAGAGUACUGUAUACGUCAUCAGCACGCGACGAUUUAUUUGUGUUUGCAUCCCUCGAGGACUCAUUGACAGUGCGAAGGGAGGCAUAAAGGAGCAUGGCAGGUGUGGGAUUUGAAGAAUUUUCAGUGCCACCUGGCUCAGAAUUGGCAUUGCCUCCUCUUUUUGGUGGUAACAUCCUUGAGAGUGAGCUAGAGACAGAAGUGGAGUUUGCUGAUGGGGGGCUGCAGGAUGAGGAGGAGGAAGAAGGAGUGUUGCGGCAGCAGGAAAUGACACGACGCAAAUGCCAGGCACUUGCUCGGCGCUGCAAAGAAUUAGAGCAGGUGAAUGAGAGGAUGUUAAAUCGGCUGCAUCAGGUCCAGAGAAUAACACUGAGGCUCAAACAGGAAAGGAGGUCUCUUAUGAGGGUGCUGGAUUCCUAUGGUGAUGACUAUAGACAGGGCCACCUUGAUAUAGUCCUGGAGGAUGAAGGAAGCCACAAUAUGGAUGCCCCAACACCUGGCAACACAGAAAAUGAACCUCCGGAGAAAGAGACCUCCAGACGCCUUCCAGGGCCUUUGUCUGCCCAAGAAGCUGAGAGCCCCUCGCCCAAUGAGGGGCCAACCAAUAAGAAGCGCCGGCGCCAUGUACGAGAGGAAAAGGAAGCAAGGUUGCGGCGAGCAGCACCAGCCUUACUUCCUAUGGAAGAGUUCCCUGCUCAGAUAAAGACUGAAGAGGAUUUUCACUGUGAGCAAGAGGAUGUCCUAGCAUCUACUUGGCAGCAGUCGAGUCCCCGGGACAAGUUACUCCAUUAUCCCAAGUUUUCUAGCGCUGGAGCCUGUUCAGACUUUGACUGAAGGUGGACUUCUGAAAGGCCACUUGUUGAAACCUCUAGAGGAGAUUUUAUAUACCCGCGUAUCAAUUGCCUAAGAACAGACCCACUUUGCUGUCCAGUGAAUAUUGUCUGAGGGUGAACCCAUUCUUUUUUAAGGAACAUAAACAAAUGGACCAUGAAGCUUUAGUCUGGAAAAACAAAAUGGAGUGCACAGCACUGUAUUUUGUAAAAUGUAUGAUAGAAUUCUUCAAACCAGUAUGUAUUAAAAUGUGAAUGGAUUCUG